GCUUAGAGUCCAAUAUUUUUUGAUUGUGAGUUUUAUUUGAAGGGAAAAUCCUUAUAAAUGUAUCUUAGAUGGGAAUCGAACUGUAGAUGUCUAUGUGAUAAUUGGUUAUCCUUCUACUAUAUCAUACAUUCGCGGGCCAAAAUGAUUAACUAAAUCAGGUAAAGUCGAAUCUGGACAACCAAUCCUAUCCCAUAAAAGUUUUCCAUCGAUCGUCAGGAUAAAUCGAGAAGCGCUUGUGACGGACGAUCCAAAAAUCUAGUAUCCCUUGGUUGUGAGUCCUAUUUGAAGUAUUUAGAAAUCAAACUGUGGAUAUUUAGGUGAGAAUUAGAUAAUUUUCUACUUGCACCGUAGUUCCGGGUCAGAAAAAAUAAGAAAAAGGAUUUUUUUUUUAUAUUGAUUUAGCUCGAGUAUUAAAGGGUUUUCAUAAAAUAAGUUUUAACAGUUUUGGCGCCAAUUGAAAGGAGGGAAACUUUGGGGGUGGAAUUGAUAGUUUCUCUAAAUUUAUCCAUAAAAAAAACUAUAAAUUUAAUAAAAUAAAAAAGGAGUAAAUAAAAUACGGCGCAUCACGAGAGGAGACGCGACGGUAGAUAGCGCCCGUUGAUCUCUAUCUUCCAAACUCGCCGCUUCUCGAUUCGAUUACACAGUGUGUGUGAGAGGGCGGAACAAACAACUGCUCCGUUCUCGGCGCGGUCGCUCUCCGCCGUCGCCAUUUUGCAGAUCUGAGCGCCGUGGAGCCACCGCAUCGGGCGGCGUCUUCACUGUUGCCUUAGCGCUGGCGGAAGAGUUAGGUCGGAGCUUGACUUGAGUGGCUCGGGAAAAUUGGGAUCUUUGAGUGAGUAAUAGGCAGCUAGGAGUUUGUUUUUUGGGCGGCGAGGUUUUUGGAACGAGACGAUGAAGCGAAGCUCUGGGGCAACACCGGCUUCGCUGUCAGGACUGACAGUGACGAAAGGGGUGGACGAGGAGCUCGCCCUCUUUCUCGAGAUGCGGAAGCUGGAGAAGGAGCGGAACAAUCUUCUCCUGCAUAAUUCCGAGGAUCUCGAUCCUCCAUUGGGGUCAAAACCAGGCACUGCUCCUAUAUUCAAGAUCGCCUCUUCACCCCCGAUGCGAAAGCCUGGGAUCGAUGACUUUCUAAAUUCAGAUGGUGAAAAGAAUGACUAUGACUGGCUUCUCACUCCUCCAGGUACUCCAUUGUUUCCAUCUUUGGAUACUGAAUCUAAAAGAUCUCCCAUUGGUAGCAUUGAUACUCCAAAAGAACGACCAAAAGUGCUGAAAUCAAGGUUAUCAAAUGCUCCGGAUCCUUCGAAGAACACCUCAUUGAGGCAACCAACAUCGUCAUCUGGAAUCAACUCAUCCACACUGGGAACUCGUAGACCGUCAUCCUCUGGUGGCCCAUCUCAUAGUGCCUCAAGAUCUGCAACUCCUGAUGGACGUCCUGCCUCUUCAAAACCUACUAGAUCUUCCACUCCCACAUCACGGGCUACUUUACCUUCAAAGCCACUGGCUCCUCCGCGAUCUUCAACACCUGUAAGAUCUUCUACGCCAACAUCUAGGCCAUCUGUACCUGCAGUAAGCAAGACUGCAUCAAGGUCAACAACCCCUACAAGACGGUCGUCUAUCUCAUCAGCUGUUCCUGCAACCUCAAUGCCGGCAAGACAACCAUCUUCUGUCUCAAGACCGGGUCCGACAAUAUCUAGGAGUCCUGUGCCAACAAUUUCUAAAAGCUCAAUAUUAGCAAUAUCUAAAAGUCCAGCUCCAUCACGUGGGAGCUCUCCCACCUUAAAACCUAAACCAUUGAAACCCUCAGAUAUCCCUGGGUUUUGUCUUGAUGCACCUGCCAACUUAAAGACAUCUUUGCCCGGGCGAUCCUCCUCCGCCACUCGUGGUAGACCAGGAGCACCCAGCAGUCGAUCAUCUUCGGUUGAGUCUGCACCCGCUGCCAGACCAAGGCGACAGUCUUGUUCUCCAUCCAGAGGACGGUCUGCUAACGGUACUGUCAUGAAAGGUAGUUCUGUGCCACCUCCAAACAGACAACAAGCAGGUCUUACUGACAAUGUGAAUCCUGUUGCCAUGGGAAAUAAGAUGGUUGAACGCAUAGUCAACAUGAGAAGACUUGCGCCACCAAAACAAGAUGACCAGCAAUCGACCCAGAAUAGUCUUCCCAUCAAGUCCUCUCUUACUCCAGAUAGUGCUGGUUUCGGAAGGACAUUAUCAAAGAAAUCAUUGGAUAUGGCACUGAGGCAUAUGGAUAUACGUCGAAGUGUUCCCAACAAUUUGAGACCACUGAUGGCAAAUAUUCCAGCAUCCUCUGUUUACAGUGUGAGGUCAGGGUCCUCAAGGAGCAGGGCAGUCAGCAUUACUGAUUCUCCUCUCGCCACAGGCAGCCCCGCCAGUUCAGAGCGAAGCAUCAGUAACUAUGCGAUCUGUCUUGAUGCGGGUGAAAUCGAAGAUGAUGUCACAAGUGAAAAAAUUGGAAGGCAUUCUGCUAUCCCAAGCACCAGAUGACUAAAUGGAACACAUACACGUUAACUAAGAUAAGAUUUUGUAAUGUAGGAGGCCAAUACGUUAGUUUCCCUGUGGAUUGUGAUAAGAAUAGCUCAAGUAGGUCACUUUGCAGACAAUAUAAAUACAUAUGUACUUCAAAUUCGAUCCCUGUGGCUUGUUGGUUGUACCUAUCAUCUCAUUAGUAUGUUGAUUGUGGCAGCCUCUGGAUCAAGCAUACUGCAAUGUUCUCGAUUUCGUGUAGAGAUUCAUUGCAACUUUGCAUAGUUUAUUAUUAUGUAUGCUGUUUGAAUUUGGGUGAUA